AUGUCUACUACUUCAUUUCACACAUUUCCAAAUCUCCCUGCUGAAUUGCGGCUUCAGAUCUGGGAGGAAGCCUAUGAUACUCCGCAACUCCGUCAGCAAGGCAUACACUACGUUGACAUUUAUACCCAGCAUGAACGGCCUCUUUCCUCUGCCCUCGUAGCCUUUCAUCCUGGAUACGAAAGGGACACAUUUGGAUCAGCUUGCUUAAUGAAUCGUGGACUAUGGAAAGCCUGCGGAGAGUCCCGAGAAGUUAUAACCAAGAAGUCCAAGAAGUCCAAGCCUCCAGCUAAGACGCCAAUGCAGGUUAGCAGGACAGACGGUCGCCCGGACGGCUAUUGUCGCGUCAAUGGAUGGAAGGAUAUAUUUUGCAUCAGAACAAGUCGUUGCAAUGUCGGACAAUAUGUGUCCACUGUGAUGCAGAUGAGAAUCCAAGGGAUUGACUCGAAAGGCUGGGAAUUUCCGGUCAAGAACAUCGCAUUUGAAUUUGAUCCUACUUGGCUCAUAGAUAUUCCUGCGACAGACACCGACAUGACAGAUGAGGACUCUCCUCGUGGGCUCUUCUUAUGUCUCCUCCAAGCUAGACAAACGCCAAAUAUCUGGUUAAUCGACAGAGAGACGGCGUGGUCCAGCGGAGAAUGCGCCGAUUGUGCUGCCUCAACGCCAUUAUUCGUUGAUGGCACAGACUACUAUGUCGAAGGGAAACAUGAUGCGUUGUGCUUGGAACAUGACGCAGAUGAACGAUCUCGAGCUUUGACAACAUUUCUGGAAAAGCUCGAGGAUAUAAUUCUUGAGGGCAAAUUUCGUCGUUGGGGUCUCAGUUCUCAUGUGGACAGUCGCUCAUUCGCUAAUGAUUACGGCAUUACUACUGUCGUUGAAGACGUAAGAUUUCUUUUUUGUCGCAGUAGAGAGGUGGCACUUUGCCAGAGAUGUCCUGCUCAUGAGCACAGAUACAACAGCGAUGGAGAUGCAGAUGAGUGGGAUACUGUUGGUUCGAUGUCCUCUGAAAGGUGGUAG